AUGAAGAGGGUUGUGAAAAGGAAGUCAGGCGAUGCUGCUGCUGCUGCUGCUGCCGAAGGGGUCGCUGCCUCAGCCGCUGUUUCGCCGGUUAUUGAGUAUGGUAGUGCAGGGGCCUAUGCUUGCGAACUUCGCAAAUGGCUAUUUGCGACACAGUGCUGGACAUUUUGCCAUCAGAUGGCCACAAUGCAUUCGCUGUGCUAUUUGGCUUCCUGCAUGCAGCAGCAGCAGCAUCCGCCAAUGCUUCUACCUUCUGCUGCAGUCCCGGCCGCUGCAGCUGAGCAGCAGCAGCGACAGUUUGUGCAGCGUUGUCAAGUGCCAUCUUUCACGCGUCGAAUUGUGGCCGAGCUCAUCGAUUCCGUUUUUGCUUUCUCAGCCAAAUUAUUUGUUGUGUAUUUUCUGGUCGAAAUGGCAAUGCUGUAA